AAAAACCAUUCACUUGGUUGGAAAAAGCUUCAAGAUAUUGCUUUAGGUAUUGCCAAAGGAAUUGAAUAUCUUCACCAAGGUUGUGAUCAAAGAAUCCUCCAUUUUGAUAUCAAACCUCAUAAUAUUUUACUUGAUCACAAUUUUAAUCCAAAAAUAGCUGAUUUUGGCCUAGCCAAAUUAUGUUCCAAGGAACAAAGUGCAGUUUCUAUGACUACAGCUAGGGGAACCAUGGGCUAUAUCGCUCCAGAGAUGUUAUCCAGGAAUUUAGGGAAUGUGUCUUACAAGUCAGAUAUUUUUAGCUAUGGAAUGCUAUUACUUGAAAUGGUAGGAGGAAGGAAGAAUAUUGAUGUUACUGUGGAUAAUACUAGCCAAGUUUACUUCCCAGAAUGGAUUUAUAAUCAUCUAGAUCAAGGUGAAGAGCUACAAAUUCGAAUUGAUGAAGAAAGAGAUACUCAAAUAGUAAAAAAAUUGACAAUUAUUGGACUUUGGUGUAUUCAAUGGUUCCCAAGUGGAUCGUCCUUCUAUGAAGCUUGUGGUUCAGAUGUUAGAAAGAGAAAAUAA